CUCUUUGUAGACGUCUCCUCAUACUCUGAUUAUUCCCACAAUCAGUCCGUAUGUUGACACCGUGCGAUGCGCAUAAUUUAUUUUUACAAUCGUCUCAGUGUCCCCAACAUCUUAGCUGCAAUACCUCCCCAGUCGUUAUUACCAAGGAAUUUAUUUAUAUCAUAAGAACGAUUUUAAAUUAUUCGUGAUUGUCCUCUUCAGUCAUUAGAAAUAGGAAAAAAUCACGUUAAACUCGUAAUUAUGGUAAUUUGGUCGUUAAUAUUCAUGACCACGUGUCGAUUGAAUCUUAUAGUUUGUAAAUAAGCGAAGUUGAAGGAAGCAAAUCUAAAAAGUUGUGAAGUGACUUCUUGAGAGGAACAAAAUUGUUUUUUUUUCAUCCGACGCGAAGAUUUAAUGGAAUCAGUGUUGAUUGCAUUGUUUGGGUGAAUAAUAAUAAAGAUACUCGGAUAUUUUUUUGCGAAUUGCUGCGAAGAAGAGGGAGAGGCGGAACAUUAUGGCAACAACCCCGCUCACUAUUGACAUGUUCGAUGACAAACAACGUCGUCCGAAAGAUUGGGCCCCGAAGAAACUAGAGUGUGCAGGGCCUCUGCGCCUGGCUCGCCUCUGCAUCCUGGGGAUGUUUCUCCCGGCGAUCCUGGUCGCAGGGCCCGUUUACCUUCGGUACAGGGUCUAUUCGGAGCAACUUUACCCCCUAGCAGCUACCGACCAGCGCCUGAUCGACGGUAAAAUAUCCACCACGUGGUGUCAGCGACAAGUCGUUAAAGUAAACACGACGUUCAAUGCUUACUUAAUUAAUGGAGAUCCACAAAUAAAAAUAGAGCCGACUCCGGUGUCUAUGACGAGGCACCUGGUGCUUGAGGAUGAUAUGAAGGAGUACUGGGGAUUUUAUUUGCUGAGGGGAAGCAGUGUCACUGUAUCUACUUGUGUCAGAUGGCCAGGUGCAUCACUGACAAUAAUACGCGGUCAUAAACACCUUCACGAGUGUGCAUUUAUCGGAGAUGACAGUAGUGAGGAAUUAGAGGAGCUUUUGGAAAUAGCGGAGGAACAAGGUCUCUUUAACGGCACCGGACAUCCUCUGAAUCAAAAGAAAGACGGACCCAGCAAUGAGCCUGCGAAGAUGAAGAGAGCUCACCAGGAUGUUCAGUUCCAUCACAAGGGAAAUGCCCCAGCCUCGAACAAUACUCUCCCCCCUCUGAUGUCCAAUCACCACUAUACGAGCCACGAACUCGGUGCCAAGGAGAUGAGGGAGAUUCUGACAAAUCUCUUCGCUCGAAAAUUAGUAGCCAAGAACAAACAGAAGGAGAAUCCGCACCAUCAUUACGAAGGGGUCUACAAGGAAACUGCGAACAUCAAGAAGCCUCCACUGGUUCAACCCGACAAAUUCCUGUGGCAAUUGGAGACGGUGGAGAAAUUAUUCGGUCGUAGGACAACAACAACAGCUGCACCAACGAAGAAAACGCAAAUUGAAAAAUCCAGAUUAGAAAUUUCAACUCCAUCUCCAAAGCCUAGUGGAAAAUUCACGAAAAAAAUUGGAAAAGAUUCCGAAACAUCAACGGAAACAUCAUCGGAAGUUGUUGCCGAUAUGCUCAAGCGAAUUGAUGCUCUUGGAGAUCGAGGGAAAAACGUGCUCGAGAAGUUGUCGGAGAACUUGAAAGAACGAGAGAAGAACGGGAGGAAAAUUAAUUCAGGGGAUGGAGAGAAUUUGGGGAGGAAGAAGAGACAGGUAGUGCUGUCGUCACCUGCCCUCGCUGAUGAGCUAAACCGACAUGACGAGGAGGAAGACAUGGCGGUGGAGAAGGAGGAUUUACACCCUGAUGGAAUUGCGGAAGACCGAGGUACUGUCAACGAAUCCACUCUGAAUGAUCGAAGUAACUCGGAGUUCUGGAGCUCCUUCAGCAGCUCGGAGGAGCGUCUGAUGGAGUGCAAGGGGUUGAUACUGAAUCUUCCCCUGACUCCACAUCAUCGGUGCACACCUCAGUACGAGGACGAGCACGUUAAGGCUUCCAUCGCCAAUACAGUUACUUAUAGAGUUCCCGUCAACGGUUACUACUUCUUCGUCUUCAACUCUGAGAACGAACUACAACCGAACUACGUUCGUGUUAAAUUCGAUCUCGUGAAGACCUACUACAACACAUCGAACCCAGUUGUCGCCUGCCAGAACUCUACCCAGGAGUGCUCCCUGCCCUUCAACUUCUUCAGUUGGGAGCGAACAGUCCUGGAGCUCCCAUUCAACGGCAACGACUCCCAGUGGAACGAGGAGUACGUAGUGGUCUCUCAUUGCGAGCCUCGAACCGCCAUCUACCUCGUCUGCAUGAUCACAGUACCUCUCCUCAUUCUUUUAUUCGCGUUUCAGUGAUAAUUACACUCUUGAGAUACGCCUGGUGAAAUAACUAAUCAAUUGGCUAGUGAAAAACAGUAUUUUUAAAUGAAUAAUUUUAACUGAGUCAUUAAAAUUUUUUGUAUUCCCGUAAGUGCCUGAAAUAUCUAGAAUUAGGGUGACGAGUACCUCAUUAAUUAAGGAAUUGAUUAUUAUUAACUACUUGUGAUUGAAUAUUUUUUUUAAGAAAAUAAAAUGGAAAUGAGGAGAUGAACGAUUA